AUGACGCCUUCGUUUACGCCGUCGCCUAGAUCGUCGCCAUUGUCGUCUCCCUCGCCCCAGGCAUCCCCAAGAGUUCAGACUGCCCACAGACAUGCGUCUUUUGACAUAGAGGAGCAGGUCUCUCCGGCCUCUUCAGGGAUCAUAUCCCUCGGUGACUCCAUGAAGAGCAUGUUCGUUGAUGCUUUGUUUGGGGCAAAAUCAACGCUUGAUGCUGCCUUUAUCAAUAGCACGGCGUUUCUCAGCGCCGGCCCAAAGAUUAUCAUUCCCAAAGGCCAACCGCGGCAAAUAAGAGAUGACUCGCCGCUGUCGAGUUCGCUCAAGGGCGGAUAUUCGGGAUCUGCCUCGUCAGUAUCAAGGGGCUCGAGCUUGUCGUCCCUAUCAAGCACGUCAACCUCUCCUUCCCGCGAGGACAUCUUCAUGCCCUCCUACCCUGCGCAACUACUUUGGUUUUCUCCACUGGAGGUUUUGGACUAUUGCACCAAAAGCGUUGUUAUGAUGGCACCUGCCAAUUCUUCGACAAGCCAAUUUUCUCGCCUCAAUUAUUUUGACGAAGUCAAUUUUUACCGGUUUUCAUUGAUGUUAAAUGCCGAGGACGGCAUUGGCGACUGGAUUUCGCAGCUGAUUGACACGUAA